AUGGUGGACAGAGCUCUGGGCGCAUCUCAGCAAAAAUAUGCAAAGGAGAGAGGCAAAGGGAUCGGCGAGAUUCAGAACCGGAUCUUGACGGGCGAGGCCUAUGGUGUGCUAAAAUAUAGCAAGCCACAUCCUAAAAAGGAUGAAUGGGAAGAUGCAGAUCACCUCGCGCGGUUCCACUUUAACGUCAAGGACAUAAACCUACGAUCACAGGAGGGGGUCUUCUUCGGUAAGAACUUCACUGAUGAGAUGAUGGACAGGAUUGUGUGGGCCUUGAAGGGCUGGCUCUGCAAGAUACAUGCACAGUCAUACAUUGAUAAGGUGGAACUGCAAUAA